GACGCAUAUUUUCUACCAUUUCAUAUUAAGCAGUGGAUAUUUUUAAUAAGUAUUAAAUAUUAGCACAUGUAUUAUUUAGUAAAAAAUUGAUGUAAGUUACUCAUUACUUUUUCUAAUUGUACGUGUAAUUUUGGCAGUGCACGGCACCAUGCACUUCAAAAAUUUUGAAUUGGCAAACUACCUUAAUGCAGAGCAAUCUGCUUACAUUUGCUCUUUUGUAGACGGUAAUUUUAUUAGUGAGUUAUCACAAGAAGACGUACACUUUUUAUUUGAUCUUUUGGAGACCGCUUCUAACGACAAAAGACUUGCAACUCUAGCACAACAAAUAAUAAAAAUUUUAUGUUACAACAUAAAAAAUUGUCAAACCGUGUGCUCCGAAAGCUUUGCAAACUGGCUCUGUAAAGCUUUCUAUACAACUGGGAGGAUUUCGCUUACUGUUUCAAUUUUUAAACAUAUUAUACAAAAUUCUUUCUCACUGCAAAAUAUAAGCCAGUCUGAAAAUUUAUUCGACUUUAUUAUUCACCAACUACAUAUUAAAGAUAACAAGCCCCAAAUACAGAAAAAUCUUAUGAUAAUUCUGUACAGAAUAACCGGAACUGAUAAAGGGGUCAAAAUAAUGUCAUCAGAAGAAUAUUGGAAUGCACUAUUGCAAUAUUUUUUACAAAACGAUGACCGAUGCAGGAUGACAAAAAUAAAAGCGUUCACAAUUUUAAAUCGGUCUAUACCGAAAAGAAAUCUUCCACGCGAACCCGAUUAUUAUAGCAUAAAUUUUAGUGAUAAUGUUCUGAAGGAAUUACAAAACGCAAAUUGUUUCGAAAAUCCGUUAAAUGACGAUAUUGAUGAAAGCGAAGAUGAUGAAGAGAACUUUGAUAGUGAUAGUUACGACUCAAGAAACUUUGAUGAUGAGAUUGAGUCAGAAAAUAUGCAGCUUAACAUAGAAAGAAACAAACCAGAAUUGCCUAAACACAAAUUGGAGCCGUUUUUUUCCGAACUACAACCCUCUGACGACUACGCAUAUAAACCAACCAAAACGAACAAUCUUGAAAUAUUUAAAAAACUCGAAGCAUUCCUAAACGAAAACGCGACGUCGAAUUCUUCGCCUUCAACUGUUUAUAACUAUUUAUUUUCACAAACACAAAAGCACAGUUUCACAAAAUCAAUCGCUCAUCCGGAUUUAAUGCUUGUCGACGCCGAUCCUUCCGACAACAACCAAACAAUUUGUGUCAGUACAAGUAAGCAAUUAACUAAAACUCUUGCUGGCAAACUUUGUCGUCUCAAAUUUGAACCACCCCGAGUCUAUCCGACAGUAUAUUUUGUUGAACAAGACAACGAAGAAAACGGAUUUUCCAGUGUCGAAACGAUUUCGAUAAUAGAUGAACAUCGUUUAAAAUUUUCUUCUACUUUUGAGGGAGGGAAUCUACGUUAUGCUGAAAGGGUAAGCCAAUACGAGUAUAACCUUAUGGUAACUGGAGACUACAAAACAGAAAACUUUAGUCAAUGGUUUUAUUUUUCUGUGACGAAUAUGGAAGCCGGAAAACCAUAUUCAUUCAAUAUAAUCAAUUUCAAAAGAAUUAACAGCCAGUUCAAUCAUGGAAUGCAACCGGUUAUGUUUUCAGUUAAGGAUUUUUUACGUAAAAGAUAUGGGUGGAAAAGGACGGGGAAAAAUAUUAUUUAUUACGGAAAUAAUUUUCGUUCGAAAACCAAUACUAAACAGUACAGAACUUUGAGUUUCUGCAUUACAUUUUCUAAUUCCAAAGAUACUUGUUUUAUAGCUUAUCACUAUCCAUACACCUACACAAGAUUACUGACCAAUAUCUACUUAAAUUAUCAAAAGCUUGCUGAAGAUUCCAUUUACGUUAGAGUGGACAAAUUGUGUAACACAAUCAAAUCAAACGAAGUGCCCCUUAUAACUAUCACUGGGAAAUCAUCUACCAAAGAAUUACAGAAAAGGCCCAUUGUAUUCAUUACCGGUCGCGUGCAUCCUGGUGAAAGCAAUUCCUCCUGGAUCAUACAAGGCUUACUGGAUUUCCUCCUGAACGAACACGAUGAAAAGGCAGCGCAAGCCAGAAAUAGCUACAUUUUUAAAAUAAUUCCAAUGCUUAACCCCGAGGGAGUUAUUCUUGGACAGUAAGUAAAGUUAUUAAAUUUUAUGAUAGUAACAACAGCUAUUUAAUUAAGUAAACUGUAUUUUCAUUACCUCUACAAUGGACCUGAAGGUCUAAAAGGACUUACAACCUAACGUGAGCGUUCUUAAGAUAACAAUUAAAUUAUAUUACAGAGACCAGGUAUGACACAGUUUUGUAAAAAUAAUUAUUAUUAUUAAACGUACAAUAUAUAGGUAAUACUAACGAUAAGACUAAUGUAACUCGGGUGAAACAGCCAGGAGAAGAAUUUGAAAGGCAUUAGACAUAUUAUUAGCCGAAAACUUACUGGAAAGUUGGCCGAAACAUAGGCAAAUUGUAGCCGAAAACGUUUAAGAUAUACGGUAUCCAAAAAUGUCUUAAAAUCAAUACAGAUGAGAAUAUUUACGCUGAAAAUUGGUUUUUGUUUCUUAUCUGAAAAUAUUUCGGCCUGUACUCAACUUGUUCAAACAUAUUCGAAUGUUUUAGCCCUAACUCGACUUAUUCGAUCACAUU